UAUGUAUCCACGUUUUCCAUACAGGUCAUGCGAUGGCAGAUUCCUUGCAUAUUGAGAAUGCCUAUUACCUUGACGGUGAGACAAUCUAUUGCCGUCCCACUGCUUGAGCCCAUGAAAGAAAAGUUUUCAUAGAUUUGUUGAUUUUCCCAGGCGAGGCUUUUCUUCAAUGAAAUGCUUUUUACUACUUAGGGUUUCACGUAUUUUGCAAGAAUUAUUUGUUGAUGAAACAUAGAAAAUUAUCCCUUGGUGUGUAUCUUGCUGAUGCUUUACUCUUGAAAUAUGUUUAGAUUUAAAGCAUUUUGCUAUUAUUUGUUUCAAAUCCAUUUCUUUUCCCACGGUUGCCAAGACCUCUACCUGUAGGAUUUUUUCAAGUUUUUAAGUAGGAAUGGGAAGGGAAUUCCAUAAUCGUAAUUGUAGAAUGCCCAUGUUUUAUAAUUUACUACAUCUGCACAUUUUUCUCUGCCUUGCUACCAUGGAAAAUAAUGAGCACUGUGUGCAUGCUUACAACAACCCCGACGUCUGUGAAGGAAAGGAAGAUUAUUCGCAUUGAUAGGUGAAGUGGGAGGCAUGAAAGCCCUCUGCAUCUGCUAAAAACUCAUCGACAGUUCAUUCACGAUGCACACCGUUGUGACCUUGUACUGCUGUCCAUGACCCUUCUACUUUUGGUUUUAAUAUUCACAGACGGUUGCAGAUGCGUUGAGAGUUAUUCACAGUUUUCUAAGCGAGAGAACACACAAAAACCCGAGGCAUGGCGGAAAAAUAAAGGUAUGAAGUACUUGUUUCCAGACACGAGGCUGCACGAUCUAACAUUGCAGUCUGUAACACCGCCGCUGCUGCCCCAGUGCCGGUGCUAUUUCCAUCCAUCCUUCUCUCUGAAUUUGCAUUUGAAACUACUUUUUAAGGAGACAUCAAGCCUUAACACAUUACAAUUCAAUAUUACAGUUCCAACUCCUUACAUCUUCACGACGAGGGGCGGAAGCUAGAUCUGAGAAGUAUAUAAGUCUCGUGAUCUUAAUAAGGGUUAAUGCAUAUUUUCUUGUCCAAUGCAAAAUAAAUUCUAAUGGAACUUUCCUGGUCUUUUAGUUGGAAAUGGUGUCCUUGUUUCUCAUGGAACUGUACCAGGUGGAGUAUAUUAUGUUGAAAUAUCCCCCAUCAAUGCUAGCAGCUGCAACAAUGUACACAACUCUAUUCAUCCUCAAAAGGGCUCCAUCUUGGAGCAGGACAAUGGAGUGCCAUACUACCUACACUAAGAAACAAUUAAUGUGAAUGGAAAAACUCUUCCCUGCUAGUUUCUGUAUAUUUUUGUUGUUGAAACUAGUUCUGCUUCUCUGUAUUAUUUACUCUCAUUGCUCACUAUAAUCAUGCAGAGAAUGAGCCAAGUUGAUGACUAGAUUCCAUCAAAAUGAUGUUCAGAAUUUAUGAUUCACAAGA